AGGACACAAGGAUCUGUACAAGGAGGCCAUGAUGGAGGAGCACCAGCCUCUUAUAUCACAGGAAAAUCCAAGUAAGAAUUCUGAGGGAAACAUUAUGUCAUCACUAAAUUAUAAAGUAGAAGAUGAAGAUAUCAUGCAGCGCUUUUCAGGAGAAAACGUCAUUAACCUUAAUAUAAAGCCAGGACUACACAGUACAGAUUUAUCCUAUAAUCCUCCUAAUCAUGAGGAACCUUCUCCUGACCAAUUACAGAUUGUUACCAGAAGUACAAGUCAGAAAGAGGGUGUAAGGUUUCACCGUGAUAAACUGUUUAAAAAAAGCUCAAAUCUUUCUACACAACAAAGAAUUCAUAGGAGGGAAAAGCCACACUCCUGUUUAGAAUGUGGGAAGCGUUUUAUUUAUAAAUCAAACCUUAUUAUACAUGAGAGAAUUCACACAGGAGAGAAGCCAUAUUCUUGUUCAGAAUGUGGGAAGUGUUUCACUUGUAAAUCGCACCUUAUUAUACAUGAGCGAAUCCACACAGGAGAGAAGCCAUAUUCUUGUUCAGAAUGUGGAAAAUGUUUCACAGUAAAAUCAGUUCUUGUUAAACAUGCAAUAAUACACACAGGAGAGAAGCUCUAUUCAUGUUCAGAAUGUGGGAAAUGUUUUACACAUAAAUCAGAUCUUGUUACACAUGAGAGAAUUCACACAGGAGUAAAACCAUAUUCAUGUUCAGAAUGUGGAAAAUGUUUUAGACAAAAAUCACAUCUUGUUACGCAUCAAAGAAAUCACACAGGAGAGAAGCCAUAUUCAUGUUCAGAAUGCGGGAAAAGUUUUGUGCGAAAAUCACAUUUCCUUAGGCAUCGGAUAGUUCACACAGGAGAGCAGCCAUAUUCAUGUUCAGAAUGUGGAAAAUACUUCACACAAAAGGCAAGUCUUUUUAAACAUCAAAAAUUUCACACAGGGGAGAAGCCAUAUUUAUGUUCAGACUGUGGGAAAUUUUUUACACAAAAAUACAAUCUUGUGCAGCAUCAGAGAAUUCACACAGGGGAGAGGCCAUUUUCAUGCUCUGAAUGUGGGAAAUGUUUUACACAAAAAUCACAUUUUCUUAGACAUCAGAGAAUUCACACAGGAGAGUAGCCAAACUCCUGUUUAGAAUGUGGGAAGCACUUUUUAGAGAGAUCAAAACUUGUUAAACAUUGUAGAAUUCACACAGGAGAGAAACUAUUUCACAUUUUUUAUAUUUGGUUUAGAGAUUUUGCUAAUUUUAAUAUUUAUUUUUAUUUUUUUAUAUGA